AAUAAUCACAAGAUUUCUCAGCUGUCACAGAGAAGUGGUUUUUAUAAGAAAAGGGUGUUUUUUGUGUUUUAACUGCGGAAAAAAGGAGUUUUCGAAGAUGGUGGGUGGAACUAAUGGGGCCGCGGCCGAACCCAAAUUAAAGGAACUAAUAACGUCCAUAGACGAUGAUAAAAUCGAUAUGCUGGCCGCAACGAGCGUCCUCCAGCAAAGAGCCACCGACAUCAGAAACCAAAAAGUCAACUGGCAAUCAUAUUUUCAAUCCCAGAUGAUUUCACAGGAGGAUUUUAACUUUAUUGUUGCCUUUGAUACGCACGAUUCGCACAAAAGAGAGGGAUUGCUUCACAGUGACCCUGAUCAAUGUGCACAAACUUUUCUGAACCUUUUGGGGCAUGUAUCAAAGGACCAGACAUUACAGUAUAUUCUUGUACUUAUGGAUGACAUGUUGCAGGAGGAUAGAUCUAGAGUUGAAAUAUUCCAUAACUAUGCCAAUAAGAAGAAAGAAUCAGUCUGGGGACCAUUUUUAAAUCUAUUGAAUCGUCAAGAUGGUUUUAUCACUAAUAUGACAUCAAGAAUUAUAGCUAAAAUUGCUUGUUGGUCUCAUACACCUAUGGAAAGGUCAGAUCUGCAUUUUUACCUAACUUGGUUAAAAGAUCAGCUAAAAACCCAGUAUGGACAAAUAGCGAACGCCAUUCUACAAGCGGAGUUGGUGAAAAGCCCUAAAGGAGAAGAACCGAAGGAACAUUACCAUGAAGUUAAUUUUAGUAUUGACGAAAAACAGGGUUCUCAAGAAAUUUCGAACAACGAGUUUAUCCAAUCGGUGGCCCGUUGCCUUCAGAUGAUGCUUCGCAUAGAUGACUACCGUUUCGCGUUCGUCUCGGUGGACGGCAUAUCCACCUUGCUGUCCGUCCUGUCCGGCCGCGUGAACUUCCAGGUCCAGUACCAGUUGAUUUUCUGCCUGUGGGUGUUGACUUUCAACCCCCUGCUGGCCGAGAAGAUGAACAAGUUCAACGUCAUCCCCAUUCUGGCCGACAUUCUGAGCGACUCCGUCAAAGAGAAAGUCACCAGGAUCAUUCUGGCGGUGUUCAGGAAUCUGAUCGAGAAACCUGAUGACUUGCAAGUCGCCAAAGAGCAUUGCAUUGCUAUGGUACAGUGCAAGGUGCUAAAACAACUGGCAAUCCUCGAGCAACGCAAAUUCGACGACGAAGACCUUAUUGGCGACGUAGAAUUCCUAACAGAAAGAUUACAAAGCUCCGUGCAAGAUUUGAGCUCUUUCGACGAAUACGCAACCGAGGUAAAGUCAGGUCGCUUGGAAUGGUCCCCGGUGCACAAAUCCAAAUUUUGGCGCGAAAAUGCGCAACGCCUCAACGAGAAGAACUACGAACUUUUGCGCAUCUUGAUCCAUUUGCUGGAAACCAGCAAAGACCCCCUGGUCUUGAGUGUAGCCAGCUUCGAUAUCGGAGAGUAUGUCCGUCAUUAUCCACGCGGAAAGCACGUUAUUGAGCAAUUGGGAGGCAAGCAACUGGUAAUGCAGCUUCUGGCUCACGAAGACCCCAAUGUCCGCUACGAGGCCCUUUUGGCCGUUCAAAAGUUGAUGGUGCACAACUGGGAAUACCUUGGCCGUCAGUUGGAGAAGGAGCAAACCUCCGAUAAACCUCAACCUAAACCUGGCGCACAGGUUUCUGGCAAAGCGUAAAACACCUAAUUUUACGACAAGUAUUAUGGUAUCAUUUUUAUUAGAGUUUUUAUGUUGAUACAAGUGAAUUUGACAGUUUAAAUGUCACUUUGACAGUAGAUCUGUCAUUUUUGACGUUUAGGUUGUCAAAUUCAAGCUUUUAAUAAAAUUACAGUGCAAGUUUUGAUGUCAUUUUUUGCAGUAUAUAGGUGUAUAGUUCUACAUUCCCAUGAUAUUAGCUGUUUUUAGUUUUUUGAAAAUUCACGUACUAAAAUAAUAUUUUAAUCAGUUUAUCUAUGUAAAUAAGUAUAUAAAUAAUAAAUCAAUAAAAAUUGUAUGAUUGUUACUGAAUUAUUAGUGUUAAUAAAAAAUAUGUUGAGAAU